AUGGCCACGCCAACCACACCUGGAAAGAAACCUCGUACUCCACGCAGAAAAGCUUGCGGCAAUUGCGCCAGAUCCAAAGCCCGGUGCAGUCUAGAAAAGCCUGCGUGCUCGAGGUGCAGAUUAACAGACCGAAACUGUGUAUAUGAGACAGCGGCUCUAGCAUUGGAGCAGCGCAACUCGCGCCUAGCACAGGGAGGCUUACAAGCAGAACCUGAACGCUUAAAUUAUGCCAGUGCUCCUAGUUGGUCGCCUGGGACUCUCGGAAACAAUGAGCUUGACUUUGGAGAUAUUGACCUGACUCCCACCUCCGAGGCAGAUAGAAUUCGCGCCCGAUGGUUAAGGCCUUACUUCAUGGCUACGCUCGACCGAAUUGAGAUCCCAAAAGUCGUUCUUCCUUAUACUAUACAGUUUAUUAAGCGAACCUUGAGGACUUAUCCGCGGAACAUGCUGAAGGACGGACAUGUCCCCCCAAUCAUUCAUCAAGCCCAAGUGAAAGGGAGCGAGGUUCCUCGCGCACUAGCAAACUGCUAUAGCCUAGUACGUAUGUGGGAACACGCUGUCCCCGGGAGCGAGGAGGUAGUUUUGAGUACCCUUAGACGGGAGAUGGAUAGGCUGUCUAGUGAGGUAUGCACCUCUCCCUCUUACCUUAUUUGCUCAAUCGUGAUGUACUUCUCCCCUCAAGGCGAUUUUUCGGAAAACACCAUGAUAACUCUCAUGGAUUUGGCCUUCCGUACCAGUCAAAAUGGUCUCUCCUGUACUGCCGAAAUAGAACAGACCAAACCAACAUGGGAAUCCUGGAUUGUCGCUGCUGCGAAACGCCGUGCAGUCUUUAUUCUAUACAUCUUCAGUAGCAUGUAUAACGCGGACCGGAUGCUGCCUGAUUUCAUCGCAGACGAGCUGAGAACUGUCUAUGUACCGGGUCAUAAGGCAUUGUGGGAAGCUGGAAACCGAGAGACGUGGAAUAAGGUGUAUGAUCGAUACCUAUCCGAUUGGGAAGAUGGAAGCUUGAUUAUCUCUGAGUUAUGGGCAUCCCCUGAGAAAGAAGAACCAAAGCGAAGGGAGAGAAUUGAACGUUGGGUUCAGACAGUUGAUGAAUUUGGAAUGAUGAUUUUUGCUGUCUGCGCUCAUAUCCAUGGCUGCUGAAUUAAAUUAGCCCCGGUGUUAAUGUGGUACUGAGGAAAUUGUCAUCUUGAAAAGCUUAUGAGAUAAUUUAGUUGGUUUGGCAGCAUGCUAGUUGAUAG